AUGAUUCGGGGAGAUCACCUGUUGUGUCUGCUUGUUGCUUUUGUCCAAGUUUUACGUACUUCUGCAUUGACGAACAAUGAUGAUUUUGCUGGAUUACAAGCUCUGAUAAACAUAUGGACUAAUUUUCCUCCAAAUUGGUCGGGAGCCGAUCCAUGUGGUGACGGGUGGGACGGCAUUACCUGUGUUAACAAUCGGGUUGUCUCCAUCACAUUGGCGAGCAUCAACCUUAGUGGUCAACUCUCGUCAGACGUUGCAAAAUUAUCCGAGCUGCUGACCCUAGACCUAUCAUAUAAUAAGGGUAUGACCGGACCACUUCCUGCAGCGAUUGGAGACGUGACCAAGCUGUCGAGCUUAAUACUAGUCGGUUGUGGAUUUUCCGGCUUAAUACCACCCUCGAUAGGAUCCCUACAACGCCUGAGAUAUUUGUCGCUCAAUUCGAACAAUUUCAUUGGCGGGAUACCACCUUCCAUUGGCAACUUAUCAAAUCUUUACUGGCUCGAUUUAGCUGAUAAUAAGCUUACUGGAUCCAUCCCCAUCUCGAAUGGGACCUCACCUGGUCUAGAUAUGCUCGUGAAUGCGAGGCACUUCCAUUUUGGAAAGAAUCAGUUGUCUGGCCGAAUACCACCCCAGCUAUUUAACUCGAAUUUGAAACUCAUACAUUUAGUGACCAUCUGCUGUACUUUUUACUUUGUCCGGUUUAUUUAUCUGUGUUUUGUUUUUGUUUCCCUUCUUCAAAUUAUACUUAGGCUUCUUGAAAACAAUCAGCUAAGUGGAUCUAUCCCUUCCACACUCGGGCUCGUGCAGACACUGGAGGUUGUGCGGCUUGAUAGGAACACUUUAAGUGGACCUGUUCCAGAAAAUCUCAACAACCUCACCUCUGUCCAGGAGCUGUUCUUGGCGAAUAAUAGGUUGACAGGACUCGUUCCUGACCUAACCGGCAUGAGCGCACUCAACUAUGUGGACAUGAGCAAUAAUACAUUUGACACCACAGAUAUCCCGGCAUGGUUUUCAUCUUUGCAGUCUUUGACUUCACUGAUAAUGGAGAACACGCAAAUUCAAGGGCCACUUCCAGUUUCCCUGUUUAGCCUUCCCCAGUUGCAAAUGGUGGCUUUGAAGAACAAUCAGGUCAAUGAAACAUUGAACAUUGGCUCCAGCUACAGUGACCAGCUUCAGUUGAUCGAUUUACAAAACAAUAGCAUCGAUGCCUUCACUCAACGGGCGGGCUACAAUAUCCAAAUUAUACUCUUGGGAAAUCCAAUAUGCAAUGAAGGAGGAGAAACACAGACCUUUUGCCAAAUUCCUCGACAGGCGAACACAUCAUACUCAACACCCCCAGAAAACUGCACGCCUGUUUUGUGUAGCUCGGAUAAAAUUUCAAGCCCCACCUGCAAGUGCAUGCACCCGUACACUGGGAUGCUGUUUUUCCGGGCUCCAGCAUUUUCCGAUUAUGGGAACACGAGCCGUUUCAUCUCCCUUCAGCAGAAAUUGAUGUCCACUUUUCAGUCGAACGGACUUCCUGUAGACUCGGUUUCUUUGAGCAGCCCAAUGAGAGACUUAGACAACUACCUUGUGCUCAGUCUGCAAGUUUUCCCGUCUGGCCUCGAUUAUUUCAACCGCACGGGGAUUUCCAGAGUUGGGUUUAUUCUAAGCAAUCAAACUUUUAAGCCCCCACCUGAGUUCGGGCCCUUUUUCUUCCUUGCCAGCAGCUAUCAGUAUUUUGCAGGGCAGGGAGAGAGGUCACACAAGUCAUCAAGCACUGGUGUUAUUGUAGGUGCAACUGUUGGUGGUGCUGUCCUCUUUUUGCUGUUAGUGAUUGCCGGAGUUUAUGCUUUCCGCCAAAAGAGACGAGCAGAAUCAGCUGCUAAAAAGAGUGAUCCUUUUGCGGCGUGGGACCCAAAUACAAACAGCGGUGGAGUUCCUCAGUUGAAAGGCGCAAAAUGUUUCUUGUUCGAGGAACUUAAGCAAAGCACGAAUAACUUCUCGGAGGCCAAUGAUAUUGGAGAGGGUGGCUAUGGGAAGGUGUAUAGAGGAAUACUUUCGAACGGGAAGCUGGUUGCCAUUAAAAGAGCCCAGCAAGGGUCGAUGCAGGGCAAGCUGGAGUUCAAGACUGAGAUCGAGCUCCUCUCGAGGGUCCACCACAAGAACCUCGUCAGCCUAGUUGGAUUUUGUUUUGAGCAGGGUGAACAAAUGCUGGUUUACGAGUACAUUGCAAACGGCACGCUUAGGGACAGUCUUUCAGGAAGGACAGGGAUCAGAUUAGACUGGAUGAGGAGACUUAAAAUAGCUCUUGGAUCAGCUCGGGGCUUGCAAUAUCUUCAUGACCUUGCCGAUCCUCCCAUCAUACACCGAGACAUCAAAUCCAACAAUAUCCUAUUGGACGAUCGCCUUAAUGCCAAAGUAGCAGAUUUCGGCCUCUCUAAGCCGAUGGGUGACUCCGGAAGGGACCACAUUACAACCCAAGUUAAAGGCACAAUGGGAUACAUGGAUCCUGAGUACUACAUGACCCAACAACUAACCGAAAAGAGUGACGUUUACAGUUUCGGGGUAGUCCUUCUAGAACUUCUGACCUCUAAAACUCCCAUCGAAAAGGGAAAAUACAUUGUUCGUGAGGUGAAGCAGGCAAUGGACGCGUCCAAGGAUCUGUACAAUCUCCAAAGCCUUUUCGACCCUGUAGUUGCUGCCAGCCUGUCGCCAGCAAGCGUUGAAAAACUUGUUGACCUGGCACUGGCGUGCGUCCAGGAGCUAGGGGUUCACCGGCCCACAAUGAGCGAGGUAGUUAAGGAUAUCGAGAAUAUUAUGAAAAUGGCCGGUCUGAAUCCUAAUGCUGAGUCGGCUUCGACCUCCGCAAGUUAUGAAGGGGCUAGCAAAAGUUUCGAGCACCCGUACAGUAAUGAGAGCCUGUUUGCUUACAGUGGGAAUUAUCCUCCUUCCAAUUUGGAGCCGAAAUAG